CAUCGCGCCGCGGCCGGACACCACUUCAGCAGCCAGGAAAAUCUCCUGAACCCCGCCCGAACGAGGGAAAAAGGGGAGCUAAACCCUCGCCGCCGCCGCCAUGGCCGACGAGAUCGACGAGCUGAUUGGCUUCCUCUCCGACCCCAAGCCGCAGGUGCGGAGCGCGGCCGUGGACAUCGUGCGGGGGCUGACGGGCGGGGAGGACGGCCUGCGGGCGCUCACGGUACGCGCCGACCGCGCCCUCCCGGCGCUGCUCCGCCUGCUGGCCUCCGCCGCGGGAAGCGGCGCGGGGGAGGCCGCGGCGGACUCGCUCGUCAACCUCAGCCAGGAUGCCGCCCUCGCCGCCCGCCUCGCCGCGCUUGGCGCCGUCGACGCCGCCAUGGACGUCAUCGCCAGGCGCGCCGGGGAGCAGCCGGCGCUCGCGCGAAGCCUCGUCAUGCUGCUCGUCAACCUCACCCACGUCGCGUCCGGCGUCGCCGCGCUCCUCCAGGUUGGGGAUGAAAAGGUGCAAGGGUUGUAUGUUGCAAAGCUGGUGCGAUCAUUCUGUAGGUCAUCCAGUGAUUCUGAAGAGCAAGACACUUUUGAAUAUGUUGCCUCCAUGCUUGUCAAUAUAUCUAAGGUCGAAGCUGGAAGGAGAAUAUUGAUGGAACCUAAGAGAGGUCUUCUCAAGCAGAUUAUUCGACAAUUUGAUUCAACAAACCAACUGAGAAAGAAAGGGGUUGCUGGUACAAUCCGCAAUUGUUGCUUUGAGGCUGAUACUCAGCUACAGAAUUUGCUUUCUUUAGCAGAAUAUCUUUGGCCAGCUCUACUUUUGCCCGUGGCUGGAAAGAAGAUAUAUACUGAAGAAGACAGAUCGAAAAUGCCACUUGAGCUGUCAAGUGCACUCUCUCAUGAACGAGAAGCUGUUGAGGAUUCUGAAAUUCGCCAACAUACCUUGGAGGCUAUCUAUAUGAUUGUAUUGCAGGAUGAUGGCCGACGUUCCUUUUGGUCAGUUAAUGGGCCGCGAAUUCUGCAGGUUGGUUAUGAGGAUGAAGAGGACCCGAAAGUGAUGGAAGCAUAUGAACUGAUUGGUUCCCUGCUUGUUGGGAAGGGCGAAGGUGAACAAGAGCAAGGAGGAGAGAAGUCUCAAUGACCCCACCCCCUGAAAUAAAAUGGUGGUUCUCUCAGUUUCUCACACCAUCACUUCAGAACAUGGAUAUGCAUUAACUGGGCUUCCAGUAGUUUUCGCUGAAACUGAUUGGGAAUUGAUUGAUCAGCGCCAUGUUAAAUGUAUGGUCGGAUCAGGGCGGAACUGAGCCUGCAUUGGAAACUGCUGGAAUUCACAUGUUGUGCCUAACGCUGACAUUUCUGCCUGUAUACUUGGAGAUGUGUGAUAUCAAGUGUAUCAAGUUCUUGCAAUGUUCAUGAGUUGAACUACAACCAAGGUGUAAUAGGACGUUUCGAUAAAUAUUUUUCUCCUUUUGGAUAUAUAUCCUGUGGAUUCCAAAUAUCAGUUUUUGAAAUAUAAGCGAGGAUAAGGCAUGUUUGUUGGUCAAACCUGUACAUGGUUGCACUUCACAAUCAUUGAGCCGCAAUUUCAAUUUUCUGGAGAAUGUUGACAAACUCUUA